UUGCACCACCCAAACAACCCUUUAGUCAAUUAUUUUUAGGAGAUCGGCGGCAGAGAGCUUAGCGGAGAAGAGAGAAGAAAUUAGGGUUCAGCAUGGCGUCACGAGGGAUUCUGUCGAGGGCAAGUAGGAUGAAGACGAAGCUACAAUCAGCACUUGAAGCUAACAUAAUUGAAGUCGAAGACGUUUCUUACCAGCACGCCGGUCAUGCCGCCGUCAGGGAAACCGGAACAAACGAGACACAUUUCAAUCUCAAAAUUGUGUCAAACAAGUUCGAUGGACAGAAUCUUGUUAAACGUCACCGUAUGGUGUAUGAUCUCUUGACUGAUGAAUUCCAAUCUGGUUUACAUGCUCUAUCUAUAGUAGCUAAGACACCCAAAGAAGAUGGCAUGUAAUUGUUCAGUUUGAGUUGAUUUAUUCAGUUGAAUAAUAUUUUGGUUUUAUUAUGUUGAAACUCAAAUUGAGAUAAGCUAUGAAAGUGUUGUGGUGAUCAUAAUUACUAUUGUUUUUAUUUGCUUUA